AUGAGACACACGAACGAAGCUUUUGAGAAUUACAAAAAAUUGUGCAAAGCAACAAACAAAGGAGGAACUAGAAUGUCUAAAGGAACGAAAGCAAGAACCGAAACGAAAAAAAGAGAAAGGUCCCAAAACUUUACAUUACAGGAAGUUUCUGAUCUUCUGAACAUCGUCGACGAAUACAAACACAUCGUCGAAUGCAAGCAGACUGACUCCGUAACUUGGAAAGAAAAAGACAUUGCUUGUGAAAAAAUUGCUAGCGACUUCAACUCUAUUUAUCCCACAAAAUAUCGCUCUCAAAGAAGACUUAAGAAUAAAUACGAGGGUUUAAAGAAGGCUGUAAAAGCAAAGGGAGCAAAUAAUAGAAAAGAAUCUUUCAGAACUGGUGGUGGUCUAAAGAACGCAGAAGAUGAGGAAAAUUUGCCCCAAUCGGAAAACGGAGAAAUUGAUGAGCCAUUUCAUCAUGUUUUUUAUAGCAAAACUGUAGAUAAUGAAAGUCGUUUAUCUACGCUGCAAGCAACUCAGGAAAGGAAUGUUCUUGAAGAAUCAUUUUCGAUUACCAUUGAAGAGAACAAUCAGGAGAAAAUACACAAAUUUGAAAAUCAGGAAAAAACUGUGCCAGAAGGAACAAGGAAAUGUUGUAAAAGCAGUUCUGUAAUUGACGAAGGGAAUAUGGCUGAGACAAAAAUGGAAGUACAGCAUUAUCAAUUAUUGUCAGUCCAAGAUGAAAUGAAAAAUAAAGAAGAGGAAUCAAGAAUUAAACAACGCAUUCUGGAGGUAGAACUGGAAAUUAAAAAAAAAGAAUUGGAGGUUAUCACAUUAACAGUUAACAAACUUCAAAAUGAAAUAAUGGUUGAAGAGAAUCUCUAA